AUGAUUUGUUCAAAUGUAUUUGAUUUAUCUUCUGAUCAAAAUUUAACUCAUAUUCAUUUUUAUCGUAUUGAUAUCGAUGAAAAUAAUAUUGAAUUAACUCAACGUUUGAAUAUAACAACAAUACCGACUAUUCAAUGGUAUUUUCAUGGAAAUAAAUUAGAUGAAUUAAUUGGUGUUGAUCUCGAACAAUUUAUUAAUAAAACACAACAUUUAGCAAAAGUUUAUAAACGAAAGACAAUUAAAAAACCAUCAAAUGAUUUAUUACUGUCUACUAUUGAUGAAAAUAAUAUUUUAGAAUAG